AUGGAGGAGUCGAUGAAGGUGUCGAUGGAGGUGUCGACGGCGCAGGCGCCGAUGGCAGGCCCCGGGGCGGACUGGGUGCCAAUCGGCGAUGUUCGGUGGAUGACGGAGCUUUUGUUCCCGGACCUCCUGCCGGGUCGCAUCACCACUGGUUCGUACGAGUUCCUGCGGGUUGGGUUGGAUUGCAAUGGGCGGAUGGGCGUUCUUUUCGAGCGAAGCGAAGGUGGCGUGUAG